AUGGAGAAGACCCAGCUCCGUCGACCGAGGUCGGUCGCUGUUGUGGGAACGGGCAUGGCGGGCUUGACCACGGCACAUCUGUUACAUCAGGACCGCGAGAAGCGCUAUCAAGUCACACUGCUCGAAAAGCGCGACCAAAUCUCCUUGAGCGCGGAGUCGAUCUCGGUUCCAUCCAAGGAGAAGAAUAAUCCAGCCAUUUGGGCUGAUGUACCCAUGCGUGCAUUUGCGGGUGGUUUCUACCAGAACCUGAUUCGCAUGUAUGACUACCUGGCCGUCAACUACCAUGCACAACCAUUCCUCUUCAGCUUCACGAGGUUACCGAAACCCCAGGACUCAUCGACGACGUCUUGCAUUCCAGGACCAUCGAUGGUUUAUGCAUCUAAUUUCCACCAGGUACCACCGGUACCGCGGACAGUGGACUUGAUUCACUGGCUUGUGGAGGCAGUGUAUGCCUUGGCCUGCUAUGUCUGGUUCACUUUCUGCUGCUUUUUCGUUGCGCCUCAUGAAGAAGACCAGAAGACUGGAGCGCCUAGCGAGUCUCUAGAUCACUAUCUGCGCCGUAUUUGGCUUCCACAAACCUACGUGGUCAACUACCUGCUCCCCCUCAUCUCAAGCGUAUGCACCUGCUCACACCAUGAGCUCCUAUGUUUUCCCGCUUCCGAUGUCCUGGCAUACAAACGACAGACCCACAGUCAGCAACAUUUUGUCGUCACCUCUGGGGUCCAAUCUGUCCAACAGAAGCUUUUGCAGGGCAUAGACGUUCGACUCGGCAUUAAUUUGACCCAAGUCACCCCUCAAAACGAAGGCGUCCAGAUCACAUACUCCGCAGCCGAUGAACAGACAACAUCGGAAUACUUCGACCUGGUCGUCCUCGCCGUCUCCCCCGAUGUAGCAGCAUCGCUGUUUUCCCCAUUAAACUCUCAACUCUCCGCCAUCCCCACAACAACAGUCGAAACAGUCGCGCAUACCGACGAAACAAGCAUCCUCCCAAUGCUCCGUGCGACAUCUUCACUAUCCCUCAAAAAACGAAACUCCGACCUUAGCUCCCGAACACAACGCAUCCAUUUCUUCUCCAACGACUGCAUCACCGAAGCAGUACACGAACAGCCCAAUUCCAUCCUCGUCACUACCAACCCCCUCUUCCCCCUCGAUAAGUCAAAAAUUAUCCGCUCGGCCAAUUUCACCCGCGUUCUUCGCAGUCCGCAGAGUCGCAUGUUCAUCAACUCGAUCUUUCGAGAUCGCAGCCAGCGCAAGGUCUCCCCGUAUUCUUGGCACAGUGGUGACAACGGCGUCUACCUAGCUGGCGGGUGGUGCUGGGAUGGAAUGGUUCUGCUUGAGGGAUGCAUUGUGUCUGCGAUGCGGGUCGCUGCUGAUCUCGGUGUUACAGUACCAUGGGAUAGUGCCGAGUAA